GGAAAAUCGCCCAAGGAUUUUUGUAUCAUGGACAAAGCGAUAGAACUGGGCAUUGCUAAAGAAAAAACACAAGGUGCCAGUUGGUCCGUCAAAGAAGAGAAAUGUCGGGGAAAACAGCCGUCAAAAACGCUUCCUCCUGGAUGGCUAUCAAAGUUCCAGCUUCCAUCGAGAUUCUCUGCCUCAGUAGAGUUAGGUAUCCAGGAGGGAUACCUCAGUGCAAACCAGAAAAGUGAAUUGGUCCGGGAUGUUUGCACAAGCAUCAACCACUUCACCAGCCACCCAAAGCUCUCUGAGAGGCAAUGGAUAGCUAAAAAAAUUGUUGAAGAGUAUCCAUGUAUGGCUGGCAAGAAACUAGUUGACUCAGACACUGAAUGGGGCUAGUUGGAGGUCAAGAUUUUCAACAGGAUGAAAAAAAUCCAAAAACCCAAACAUCCAGCCAAUCCUGCUGAAGCUGGUCCCUCUAAGGCCAAAAGGCAAAAAAAAGAUUUCAGUAUUUGGGCACAGCAGCCAGACUUACCUGCAGGUGAGACUCUGGCAACUUUAAAAGCCUUUGCUGAGGAAAAUCGCAAUGAAGUCAGGA